UUUUUCCAAACUACCAUUUCUUAGAUCAGGGAUGAAGUUUGGCUACUUAUGCUAAGCAAUUAAUGUGUUUUAAAAAUCGGAAUAUGAUCAACAUUUAGAUGUUAUUAUCAUUUAAGCAGGAUAAACAUAGGUUUCCUGGGACCCUGCAACAGGUUUCUGGCCAGUAACGUUUAUUCAGACAAUAUGGAAAAUUCUGGAUUUUAAGACAGUGUAGCCUGUAGUUGAAUUUUCAAAUGACAAGUUCAUGAUGGGCUGUAGCCAACUUGGUUAUCAGGAGGAGCAGUUGGUCUCCUCUCUCCUCCAGCUCCUUCACUGCCGUUCCCCUUUCAGUCACUAGGGAGAGACUCUGAACUACUGUAGGAAGACAGCUGUUAUCCCUCUCAGAGUGCCACAGCAGGUUGGUCGGAGUAGUGUCCGCACGCACCGCCAACCGCGCACCGGCCUGCGGGACGCGUGGCACUCUCCGUCCGGGAUGGAGAGAGACGCCUCUGAACCGGACCCAUCCUGCAAACAGAACAGAGUCGUGGUCAUGUUAUACGGGGAGUUCACCGACAUGCUCAAUGACAGGGUCCGGUAUUCGGUGAUCUUAACGGAAAGCGCUCUGACCAUCCAGAGGAUCUCCUCGUCACCUGACCAGACUAAGGUGGUUUUUAACUUGGCCGACUGCAUUGGCUGCCGGGCGUUCAGGGGACCGGACAAGGCGGACGUCGGCGCCUACUUUACAGCCUACUUCUACCCGUUCAAGAGGCGCUGGAUGAGUACCGGAGUGGCCCGGCAGAGAGUGGAGCAGUGCUUUCGGGUCGCGCUGGCGCAAGACCCGCUCUCCAACCUCCAGGAGGCUGAGAGGUGGGCUCAUGCCAUCACAGAUGCCUCGGUGCUGCAGGCGCCCCGGAGAGAUGGUGUGGUGUAUACAGAGGUACGUCGACCUUGCAGAGUGCUGGUCCUGGUGAACCCUCACAGCGGGCGUGGCCAGGCUUUCCAGCUCUUUACUGGCCAUGUGCAGGGCAUGUUAACAGAGGCUGCUGUUCCCUGCACACUCAUCAUCACAGAGCACCAGAACCACGCACGGGAGCUGGUGAGGAAGGCGGACCUGUCACAGUGGGACGCCCUGGUUAUCAUGUCUGGAGAUGGGCUGCUGUUUGAGGUGAUAAAUGGUCUGAUGGAGCGAGAGGACUGGCAAGAGGCCAUCCAGACCCCUCUGGGCAUUUUACCAGGUGGCUCAGGCAAUGCCCUGGCUGCCUCUGUCCACCACUACUCACAGUCUCCUCCAGCAUGGAAUGAGGAGCUACUGCUGAGCUGUGGUUUCAUGCUGUGCAAAGGUCUGGUUGGCUCCCUGGACCUGGUGUCAGUCCACUUGGCCUCUCGGCAGCGCCUGUUCUCCUUUCUCUCCCUGGCCUGGGGCUUUGUGGCUGACGUUGACAUCGAAAGUGAAAAGUACCGCCAUGUCGGAAUCGUCCGCUUCCUGAUGGGCACCCUGGUGCGUCUGGCCUCCCUCAGAGUCUAUCAGGGCAGGCUAGCAUACCUGCCUGUUAACGAAGCUAACCUUCCACCCUCCCCACCUCAGCACACCUCGCUCUGCUCCUCCCUUCCCUGCCAGCUCAUCCCCAACUUCUCUCCAAACCAGAACUCUCGCCACCAUCACAACAGCACAAACUCCAACCACAACACCAUCACUAACUCUUCUAACAAUGCUAUCACCACCAAGAGACUCGAGACACAGAGUGAUGGCAAGACCAGACUUGACCAGAUGGUGGACCCUCUGAUCCCUGGCCUGGACCAGCCAGUCCCAGAGAGCUGGACAGUGGUCAAGGAGGAGGACUUUGUUUUGGUUCUGGCUAUGUACCAGUCCCACCUGGCUGAGGACCUGUGGGCUGCCCCUGGUGCGAUGGCAGACGAUGGGCUGAUCCAUCUGUUCUAUGUGACAGCAGGAACUCCC